AGCUGUGGUGAGUGAGAAACAAGUUGCUUUGUCUUUGUCUUUCAUUUUAAGGAGAUAUUGCUGAUUUAGAUUUUCAUGAUUUAGGAGGAAAACAACACAAAAAAUGGGAUCAUCUGGAUCAACGUCCUCACCUGCACCUGCGUACACACCAACGCGAUCAUAUACACCACCACCACCAAACCCAGAACUGGACAAACCUUUUAGAAAAUUUAACUGGAAUCAGAAAGAAGCCCUGAAAAAGAAGCUAGAAGACUUCACUCUGGGUAAUCCAGAUGUAAAGAAAGUCAAUAUCCUGGUAGCUGGACAAAUUGGAGCAGGAAAGUCCAGCUUUAUUAACUCCAUCGAUAGUGCCUUUCAAGGACGGAUCUGCUCUAGAGCACCAGUUAAUUCAUCUGGUGGUGACAGUCAUAGUUUCACAAAACACCUCAAAGGAUUCACCAUCAGAAGUGGGGAAAAAUCUUUGCCCUUCGUCUUCAAGGAUGUAAUGGGCUUAGAACCUGAUAACUUGGCUGGGUCGCACAUAGAAGACAUCAUCAGUAUUGUGCUUGGCCAUGUGAAGGACGGCUAUGAAUUCAAAGAGAAGCAGACACUCUCUUUUAAGGAUGAACAUUUCAACAUGAACCCUACCCUCUCCGAUCAGGCUUCCUGCCUGGUUUACGUCAUAGCAGCAGAUACAGUCCAGUUCACAGAUGAUAAACUUAUUGCCAAGUUGAAGUGCAUCCGCGAGAGAAUCAGUGCUAAGGGGAUUCCUCAAGUGGUUAUCAUGACCAAAGUGGAUGAAGCAUGUCCACUGGUCAAAAAUAAUCUAAGGAAGAUAUACACUAGCAAGAAGAUCAAAGAGAAGAUGGAUUUGUGCAACACCAAAAUAGGUUUGCCAUUGUCAAACAUCUUCCCAGUGAAGAACUACCAUGAUGAGAUUGACACAGAGGAUGACGUUGAUGCUCUGAUACUGAAGGCAAUUGAACAGAUUGUUCAGAUUGCCAAUGAUAAAUUGGUAGAUGUAAUGGAAGAUGAAAUGAAAAAAAAGGAAGAGAAAAAGGAAAAGGAAGAUAAAAUGAAAAAAAUGGAAGAUGCAAUGAAAAAAACACAUAUACAAUAUUGUUAAUUCAUUUGGAGUGGGUCAUUCUUUCAAUACAUUUUCUUUAUCAUAGGGAGCAUAAUUUUAGGAAGAUCGUUUAUAAAAUGACUAAGAUUAUGAUUUGUGUUUAGUUUUACAAAUAUGGGGCAGUUCAAAGUUAAUGAAAAUCUGGCACUUAAAAUCUAAUGUAAAAAUUUGAAUCUUUUUAGGAAAAGAAAAGUUAUGUAAAAUCUUUCUACAUUUAACAACAUUAAAACUAUUAAAUUACAUAAAUAAUAUGGGACUAAUGCACAGACACUCUUGUAUUUUAGAUUAUUUAAAACAUUUAUGAACAAAAUAACUUUUGCUUAAUGAGAUCUGAUGAAUAAAUCCUAUUUAAUCUUGAAUUGUAUAUUUUUCUUGACAAUACAUGUAUUCAGCCUGUACUAAAACAGUGAAUUGGGGUAUCUGGAGCAAUGGGAUUGAGAGAAAGCAUAACUUUCUUGAAAUUCAUGUUGAAAUAUAUUGUCUUCUGUAGAUGUUUUGAGGAUUUUUUACUUCAAUUAAUUAAUCUAUCAGUUUUUGUUGAAGUAUGGAUAAUUGUGAAAUUUCACUGACAAUUAAAAUUACUCAUCAUGAAAUAAGACUUUGAUCAUAUCACCCACCAAUAAUCGUGUUAAAUAAUCAUGAUUUCAGUAUUGACCAAAAUAAUCGUAUUUAUGAUUUUUGCCAUAAUUGAGCAGCCCUACAUUUUGUUGAUCAAAGAUGUGUUUUAAGGGAUACAAUUAUUUACUAUAGGGGGAAUUUAAACAUGUUGUAUCUUUUAGAAGACAAGUUCAAAUGAUUCUUAAAUAGAGUGCUGAAUUGAACUUGGUGUUUAAGUUUAAAGUUAAUGAGUUUGAUUAUACUGUGCAUGUAACAUCAGAAACGGCUGACAUCUGUUAGGGUUGAAAGCAGAGCUCUUUAUCGGAUAAUACCGAUAAAGUAUUACGGUUCAUCACGAUACCUUGGAAUGGCAGUUAAGUGAUGUUAAUUUAUAUCUUUGAAAAGGAUUUAUUUCCAGGUAAAACUAUACUCAACAUGUGCCCUCAUUUAUUCAAAAUGUGUCUCAUUUAUAUUGUUAACUAUGUUCUGAAUAAACUACUUUGUACUUUGAUUCUUUACACAUUUUCU